CGCGUCGUGAUCCUACAGAGAUGAAAUACUCCGUGUCAAUUACCAGCCUCGCAAUUGCCUUGCCAGCAGUUCAAGGCAUCGCCUUCGGCGGUCCUGCAUCAACUGCCAUCAUUGCAGGGCUUGCCCCAAGAGGCACCUCACCCAAACCGACAGUGGCACCAACGAGGGAAGAUAUGAAGAGACGACAAACGAACCUCUAUCCCGAAACUUGCGGCUGGGUCGAUGGUGUCUACUCACUCUCAGUGACUUGCCCUGGUUCGCGGACCUGCAUGCUCUACACCGCAGGUGCCGGCAUGGCUGGCUGCUGUGAUGGCACCAACACCCAGGAAUGUGGAUGGGCAACCUCCUGUGUCGACGCUAGAGCAUACAGAGCCUCCAGCUGCGGCUCCAGCUGCCUGCUCAAUACUUUGAUACGGAAGUGUACAGAAACGACCGCGCCACACUGUAUCACUUUCUCGUAUCCUAGUGAUAGUAUUCUCUAUUAUGGAUGCGACGCCGACUCGGACAGUAUCGUCUCUUCAGUCCUGCAGCACGCUACUGAUGAGGUCGGGGGCACGACGAGCAUGGCUCUGCCGACAGUUGCAGCGAACCCUGUCAUUACAGACCCAAAUAGCGACAAGACUACUAACAAGACCAGGAAGAUCGCUAUUGGCUUGCUCGUUGGGAUUGUCGUAGUCGCACUGUUCGUCGUCGCCUGCAUCGCGAUUGGCACCCUCUUCUUCUUGAAGAAGAAGCAGCGCCGAAUCGCAGCGAAUGCCCAAUCCACGGCUGCCGUCCAAGCAACAGGUUCUGAAUCGCAGUAUCCACCGCCGCAGCAAGCCUAUCAGUACCCACAACAGCAACCUGUAGCACAAACACAGUCAUACCAAGCCAGUCUCUUCCGGCCUCCAAGUAAUCCUCCCACUACAACUCCAUCUUACUUCCCACCGGGGUUACACGAAGAGAAGCCUGGUACCCACACGACUGUUCACGAGUAUGCUGUGACGCCAGUCUCGCCUCCGAUCUCUCCUCCGAUCUCAGGCCGACCCACACCGGCGCCGGUGUACUCUCAGCCGUAUAACGCGCCGCCUCCGACGCCGGUAGUCAACCAGUAUCAAGCCAAUGCUGAAGCGCAUGAGGUAGAUGCGAUCAGCGUGCCGCAUGCGCCAAACCAGACAGGACCUGUGCAUGAGAUAGGAACUGGGAAAUGAUGUUUAGUGCUAGAUCAAAUAUUCGUUAUUUAAUGAUUGUAGGAAUAAUAGGCGCGAAUUGGUCUUUCAAUUGAAGUGCAG